GAGUAACGGGUAGCUGAUAGUCAAGCAACUCUACUAAAGCAGUCUCAAAACGGGUGCAUAUUAGAACAACAUAAAUACAACUCUGUUGAUGUCGCAACCCUGGAAAAGGUAUUUAAAACUUCAACUAGGCAGCCCUGGAAGCUCCUAAUUUACAUGUUUUAUUUCAAACUCUGUUCAACGUCAUUCUGUUUAAUUGUGCAAUUUCGAACAUGAAUGUGAACAAAGCCAGAAGUGAGAUGACUACGAUGUCCGAGCAAGUGUGCAAGGAUGCGGAGCAGUGGAAAAAAGGCAUCCAGAAUGGUCAGGCGGCCAUGAGGCAGAUCCGGACCAUAAAUCUUAAGCUGUUCAGCACGGAGAAUCAGCUCAACAAUGCGGACUCGCGUAAGGAGCUCCAGACCACGGAGAAACGAAUCAACCAGUUGUACCAACGCCUCCAACGUCCCCUCGCCACGAUAGGCCAAAUCUUUAAGAACCUGACCGAGAUCAGGGACAACACAGCCAGGAUGUUGAACCGCUUGACCCUUUUUUUGGACGACGAUUCACUGGCGAAGCACAUGAUAACGCCCAAGCUCGACAGUUCCAGGCUUCUGGCGAUGCUGCAGUUCCUGAGCCGCCGCUACGAUGCCGAAUGGGAGGUCAAGGAGAUGGUUGUGAACGACUUGGAGAGCAUCAGCAACUCCUACGAGAUGAACCUUGUGAUGGAUUGCUGGAGCAUUUGCAGUCACGCAGGUGGUCAGGAGUUCUCCAAAAAGAUGCGCGAAUAUUACCUGAUCAUUGAUCGGCGGCAACCUUGGGUGAAGUUGACCUAAAACGAAGAAAUAUACUACUUCCGGGAUACAUUUAAAUGCAUUAGACUAGGAAACACACGUUACGUUUUGAAUUUGAUGUUAGUUUUAUUUGAAAAAUUGUUUUUUAGUUUGUAUUUGUUACCGCCUGUUUGCCAAACAAAUCUAUAAUCUGUAAAGAAAUUACAAAAAAUUUGUUGUUCCUUCUUUGUGUCGUUUUUGCUUUGCACAUUUAAAAUUUGACCCAUUUUUUGACCUUUGCUAUUUGCUCAUCGAUUUUGCUCUUGUUCCGUUUCUGACUUGGUAGCAAAACAAAACUUAAUUGUAAUUUUACUACAACAACAUUUUGUUUUUGCCC